AUACUCCUCCAUCACAGCUUGAUGUUGGCUGAAGUAAACACAAGACCAUUGGCUGCUCCGAGUCCCUCGAGCGCUGUAAUGAAUAUGUAAACAUCGCUUCCCAAGUUUCUUGGACUAACGGUGCCAUCGGACAGCAUUAUCCACGUGUCUGGAGGGUUUAAUUUCAUUUAAUUAGCCAAUCUUUGAAAGGUUAAAGUGUCUAACUGACUGCCAGCGCUUAAUUUGAAACGUAAAGUGUGGAUUGAUGGAGACGUCUUUGAAACACUGAGAGCGGGAACAGCAUUGUGUUUAAACCAUCUAGCAACUGAGUCUGCGAGCGUGUAUCUGAACGGAGAACAUUGUAGCGGAGUUGCUGUUUGCCGGCUUUUCUUUGUGUUGCUCUUCUCCAAGCAUGCUUGGAUCUCACAGCGCAGGAGCAGUUUGAACAUCGCCAACCUUUCUUUAACAUCCCAAAACUAUGGCCAGCGAUCUCUGCUCAUAGAAGAGGAUUACUAAAACUCCUUAAAACACCCCCUUUACCUUUUCGCUGCCUCACUUGAGCUGCAAAAAAACCCGUGUUGUUCUCCGCGUCCCUCUCAUUCCCCGCGCCUGGAUUGUUGAAGGACAAGUAAGAGAAAAAUUGCGCCCUUUUCAUAUGAGCAGCGCUUCGCCGAGAGGAAACAUGGAUGUAUUUUAUCCGUCAGCCGGAGGGAAUUCUAUUCCUGGGGAUCCACAGAACCUGGAUUUUUCCCACUGUCUGGGAUACUACAACUACAACAAGUUUGCGAAUAACAACAACUACAUGAACAUGGCUGAUGCCAACGGAGCUCUGUUAGCAGGAGGAGAUACAUUUCAUACUCCAAGUCUGGGUGACGAGGAGUUUGAAAUACCCCCCAUCACCCCACCUCCAGAGACCGAGCCUGGUAUGGGCCUUCAGGACGUGGGCUCACCUUACCCUGGGCUACCUGACCAUCCUAACCCUCAGCGGGGGUCUUUCACCCCGCAGUUCCCACCCCAGAGCCUGGAGCUGCCCUCCAUCACCAUCUCCAGAAAUAUGAUGGAGCAUGAAGGGCAAAUCAACAAUGGACAUUCAGGGGUAGGUGUCUGGUUAUUCUUUUGGCUGUUUGCUUGAACAUUUUAAAGAUUU